AUGAGAUUUUUAGCCGUGCUCUGGCUAUUCUCGCUGGCACGCUUGGCCAGAUCUUUACAAUGGGCCGAUAUUAUCAAUUUAAGGGACCAAGACGGUAUUAUAGAGGUGACGGAUGCAAAUUAUCAACUUCUCGCUAAGGGCCCUAGAGAUUUCUAUUCAGUGCUCUAUGUUACUGCGUCGCAACCAAACUCCCAGGGUGAGUACUGCGAUCUUUGUGAUCUGUUUGAAGCUAAUUUCCGAAAGGUCUCGCUUGCUAUGCUCAGUCAGUUGUCUGAGGAAGUCAAUCAAGAAACAUUUUUCUUCAAGUUAGAUGUCUCGCACUGUAGGUCCUUUGUACAAGAGUUGGGCCUCAAAACAAUUCCACACCUGCUGAUAUAUCCUCCCAAUCCAAACAACGAGAAUUUUGCAUGGUCUAAGGACCAAUUCUACCAAUUCCAUGUUACUCGCGAAAGCGUGCAAGAUCCAGUUUUGUUCGCAGAUUUUUUGGCCAAGAUUCUGAACGUGUACAUUCAAGUGAUGCGCGAUUUUGAUAUAACCGAAUUCUCGUACUAUUUUCUGGCAUUUCUUGCCUGCUUCUACGUGUUAAAGAAGAAGAUUCUGCCGCUUAUACCUGACAAAUCUCGAUUUUUCUCGCUGUUCUUUUCAUUGGCGCUCAUCUUUGUAUCGAUUACGGGCUACAGCUUCACGCGGAUGAACAACAUUCCGCUGAUAGCUAAGGAUGAGCAGGGUCAGAUCAUGUAUUUCAGCGGUGGUAUGGGUUGGCAAUUUGGAUUAGAAAUCUUUACGAUUUCGGGCAUGUACUUAUUUUUGGGCUCCUGUACGGUUGGUAUGAUUAUGCUGCCUAGGUUGAAUCUGAGCUCCAACGUUUUCAAUGCAGCUUCAAUAAUAUUACUUGCUUGUGGCCUUUACGGUUUCGUGUAUUUUACAGAGUGCUUCAAGAUCAAGCAACCCGGAUACCCAUUUGCACUUUAA